ACACCAAACACAAAACACAAAACACAAAACACAAAACUUUAACUUUUGAAAUAUAGUAAGAGCCAAGGCAAAACACACUAUUAUUAGCGAUCAGCGCUGGCUACCUAUUGCAAAGUAUCCCUGAAGUAGUCUAGCCGCAAAAUCAUUCCCACAAUCUUGCAAGCUACUGUACUGUAUAUCACUUGAAUCUUCAAUCCAAGCUGAGCUGAGCCCUACAUUGCAGGUAUAGCUAGCUAGCUACUAGUAGAUAGCUAGUAGAUAGCUAGUACAAGCAUUCGAAAAUGUCAGUUUCCUCGUUGGGCGUGGGCUAUGAAGCUGACAAUGACAAUGACAAUGACGAUGACAAUGACACCGAUUUCUCAGCUGAAGAAGAUACAAGACUGUGUUUGUGUCUGAUGAGUCCUUCGCUGCUCAAGUUGGCGGCGAGAAAGAGAAAGCGAAAGUCCAAGAUCAGCAGCAGCAGUUCAGUCAGCACCAGUUCAGUCAGCAGCAACAGCACCAGCACCAGCAGCAGUGAGUCUUCCUUGACGGGAGAUUCCAGUACUACUAGUAGUAGUGACAGUCGCUCCAAGAUUUCAAACUUAGUAAGUCAAGUUCAAGUUCAAGGUCAAACCUCUUGUCGUCAUCACGGUCAAUACCCACGAAGGCACCGAAACUACCCGUACCGGUACCCGUACAGCCAUCAGGAUCAGCAGGAUCAGGAACAGCAGCAGCAGCAGGAUCAGACGCAGAUGGGACAAAAGAGACCCCGUCUAUUCCGCAAGGGCGUCGUCAAAGGAACGGCAACCAACCUCAACGACUACCAGUACGAGUCUCAGUCCACAAAUCACAAGGAAAAGACGACACAAAAGGUGGUCUUCCAGUUGCUUCCGCAGAUACACACUUGGAAUCCGUCGCCGACUCUUUCAAGCAUUCCUCUUUCGCAAAGCACCGCCAGCAGCAGCAGCACACCAGCACCGAAUGCAGUCCAUCCACCCAUACAUCAGAGACUGCCAUACCUGCUAUCCCCACAACCCUGCACUAUCGAAGAAGCAUUGUCCUUCUCCCCUCAUGCCCGAUUGCUACUGGAACCUGUUGCACCUUAUCGUGUCGUACAUCACAAUGCCGCAUACGGAGCUUUUCUUCAGAGGCAAAAAGGUCCACUUCACUCCACUACGGUCGGAAUGGAAUACGAUGAGUUGAACACCGCUGUCGAAGAUCUAUUUGCCGGUCAACUCGUGGUUCUACAUCCCGUAAGGGGGUCCUCUCCAAAAGAAAUACUCGUAUACCACAAUGCAUUCAAGAACAGAAACUUCCGCUAUACACAGAAACUUACCACUUACUACUUGCUCGAAUUGGGGCCCUCUGGUCCCAUCCCUUCCCCUACCAACAACACGACUAUUCAUACCGGUGCCGGUGCAGUUAUGGAUUGUGAUUCAGAGAAGAACCACAAAAGUGGGUCACACUCACACAAUGAACUCGCCAUACCUGCACAGGCCAUUGGUUAGUCCAGCAAGUCAAGUCUAUUAAUAGUGACAGUCCACUUUGUUUGCAACACAUACAGUCGACUACUACUAGUAGUAAGAUCGUUCAACAAACGCACCGUACCGUACGGCUCCAUACCCGACUUGCAUUCGUACCAGUACACGGGGCAGCCAUCAAUCAUCAAUUGAGACGAUGCAGCCACAAUGCGCUAGCGUACAGUAGCAACACUAGCAAAUAAAAUAAUAAAAAGUUGUUUAAAAUAAUUUAAAAUUGAUUCUGGCC